UUGGUUUAGCUUAUCACAUGUAUCGGCAUCAGUAUAAGAUGUGCUAAUGGAGAUCACUAGAAGGGUUGGGAUCACGUCAACCAGGAACCACCGUUUAUUUUUUUGCAACAACCACUCUACCGGCCAGUAAUUCGACGAUUUUUUUUUUGAUAUUUUUUUAUCUAUUCUUUAUAUGUCAAUAAAAAUCAUAUAAAAAAUAGAUAGAUAAAAUGUACUAUGUGUAUACUGGGUUAAGCAUUUUUCAUUGCGAUUUGGCAGCACUUUUGGUUAGAGAUUUCGGUUUGUUGCGCUUAUAUUUUAUUGGUCGUUGUUAUUAGUAUUUUUUUUUUGUAGUAUUUUUGUAACAGAUGAACUAAUUUUAUAGGUGUAAUCUGUUUAUUUACACUUAAUAAAUACCGAAAUCUUUAUUAUUUCGGAUGCUAAGACGAAGUAUAUAUUCAAAAGAAAGAAAAUAUAAAAUGAGCGAGCAUCAACCGGUUUGGAAAAGAGCUGAAGAUAAUGGGAAACAUCGUAUCGCAGCAAGCCCAAAACAAAUAAAAACACAAAUUGCUAAGAUUUCUUAUACGAGCACCAUAAAAACUCCAAUAAAUAAGAACAAACCAAAGGUGUAUCCUCUAAAAGAGGAUGAUUCUACAUCUGAUUCAAAAAAAAUAAUUAAACCAAUAGAACUUGAAACACGAAAAAUAUGUACAAAUGAUAAUACAAGCAUUGAGUUUGUUAAAAUGAAAGAGCAGUGUGAUCAAGAAAUUAAAAAUCUUAACACAUAUUUAUCAGAAAUUAUUAAUAAUUCUGCAGAUAAAUCAAAAUUAACUGAAAACGAUAAAGUAGAAUGUGAAGCGGAAAAUAUUGCCAAAAAACGCAACAAAUUAUUUCGUAGAUGUACGACAGAAGUUGAUUUUAGACCUGUGUUACAAUCCGAACGUCGUUUAAAAACGAGAGUAGGAUCUAUUAUAAGAUCAAAGUCCAGUCAUCCACCGGACACUAAAUCGCAUGAACUUUUGCCUACAGCUGCACAAGACGUUAAAAGGAAAUCUUACAACGUUGAAGAAGCUCGAAAGUUUUUAAAAGAUCAAAAGCGAAGGAGACGCAUUCAACAAGCUACCUCAGCCUUAAAAGUAAAAGGUGAAAAAAAUGUUAUAGAAAAGGAACAAAUAAAAAAAAGGCUUGAAGAACUUCGUAGAAAUUCUCGAACAAUAAUUACUAAAAAUGUUAAUAAGAAAAAAAAGUCCCUCAUUGCACUAGAUGACAGAGAAAGGAAAGAAAUUAAAGUUGAUCUUGACUUACUUAAGCAAAUCUAUGUAAAAGAAAAUAAUUGUGGAGAAGCAAUCAAAGAUAUAAAGAUAGAUCCCGUAAUUAAAAAAAGUGAAGCUGUAACAGCGGAGUUUUGUCCUUCGACUACUAAUGAUAAUGUAGUAAAAAAUGUGGAGACUGAAGAUAAAAGUAAAUGUAAUAGUAACCGUAAAUCGAUAAUUCUCGACCCAAUUAAAGAAACAGUGAAACUGAAAUUCCCAGAAAAGCGGAUUGGAUUAUUGCGCAAGCCAGAAACUGAGAAUUACUCAUUUAGUGCCAUUAGAGAAUUUAAUUUUGAUAAGGAAAAUAUUGCGUUAGAAAUGUUGGCCCCAAAAUGUAUUCAAUCAGUGCCAAUAACAUUAAGUAAUGACAAAGAUAAUGCAAAAUAUCGAGAAGACAUACCAUUGGAAGUUACAUAUCGAAAGCCCACCUGUGUUUUAUUACAAUAUUCGCAGGCGGACGAACUUAAAAACUGCGAAAUAUCGAAAGAAAAUGAAGUUGACUCAAUCAUUAAAAGUUGCGACGAAAUACAUUCAAAAUGCGAAGUUAAUACUGAUAAUAUUACUGUAAAUAAUCUUCCGUAUUGGCUAAAGCCAAGUGCGGUGCAGAUUUAUCCAUACAAUUUCAUAAUGGCCGUAAGACGCAAACUCGAAGCCCUUGCAGAUGUAAGGCAAGCUAUUAACCAAAUCGAUAUUAAAUCUCAAAAAACUGUUAAUACUCAUAUUGCGGAUAAAAUAUCUUUAUCUAGAGUUGACUGCUUUAAUCAAUCACUUAAACAACAACCACACGCAGCAGAAAGUAAAUAUUAUUCAGGGGAAUCAUUGAAAAUUUUUAAAACAGACACAGAGCAGAAAUAUACAAAUUGCAGCAAUUCUAAUAUACAUCCUACGCAAUCUCAAUCGGAAAUAAACUCAAACCUUAGCUCAACAUCAAUUCAAUUGCUUCAAUCUUCAAAUAAUGUAUCGAGAACAUCGUCAAAUAAAACAAAUAGUAUUCCACUGACUUAUGCGAAAUCCAAAGCCUUUGCUCUGGCUUCGGAAGAUGACACUACAGUUUCGAGUUCAAUAUUUAAUAGCCCAGAACGAAUUAUUCGCCAAAAAAACGACACUAGCAAAAGCAAAUGGGAAGAACUGCAUGGGGCCAUUAGUCCCCUGUCCCUAGAACGUGUGGAAAACUUGACCAUAAUGUCAAGCAAUAAAUUGAAAACAGCUAUUGCAGCGAAGCAUGUAAACCCUAAUAGGGGAGAUUCACAAACGUCAUCUAUAAUGGAGCAAAAUUUUUCCCACAAGAAGAGCACACCAAGUGAAAUUGAUUUCAAUCAGCUUCUAAGCGACUUCAAUCGUAGUUUAUCACAGGUUAUUGAAGUGAAUGAUCGCCUUAAAACAACUAUUAAUAAAUCUCAUGAAAUGUGUGGGACGACACAUACCGAAAAUAGGAAUAUAAGAGGACCUGAUGACUAUACCACAGAUUUUGAUAAACUUUCUAGUCAUCGCACACAUAAUAAUUCUUCAGGCGUUCACAAUGAAAACGAUUUGCGUCAUGCUCACAUCGAAUAUUAUUCUGAAAAACAAAACUGGGAACUUAAAUAUGGAGGUAAGCAAACCUCGAAGCAACCGAAAAAAAUCAUAAAAGCCUCCGAAGAACCCCAGCUACAAUUGGAUGACCAAUUAGACAAAAUCAAAAAAUCAAAAAGGAAAUGCAUAAGCUCGCAAAAAUAUGGAUUGAGUAAAGUCUGCCAUGAGUCGACUGAAAUAUGUUCAUUACACGUAAAACAUAACAUGUUAGAAAUAGAAAACUCUGAACACGCAGAACAUUUAACUGAAACUCUAAUUUCAACGAGAGUUUCUGAAGAAAGUGAAUGCGAGCACACAUCUAAUAUACAGGCAAAUACUAGGAGCAAGACUGAAAACGAAAAUAAACAAAAUGUCAAGACCCUCAAAAAGUCAAAAUUUUUAUUAGAAAGAAAGAACCCUUUUACUACCAUGAAACAUGAAGACAGACCGUAUCAACAAAAUGUAUUGUCUCAAAAUAUUACUGCAAGUCAUAAAAUUUUAGAAAUGUUCGAUCAUUCCAAUCUGGAAAUUUCUUUGGGAUCUGCAAACAGCAGCAGUUUAUCAGACUCUAAUUGUAGCUACUCAAAUGUCGGCAUGUAUGAGAAGUUAAUAAGAAAUGAAACAAACAAAUCAGAACAUUUGGCCGCUUUAUUAAAAAUUAGGGAAAAGGCUUUAUUCGAUCGAACAAAAGGACAAAUUGCUUGGUUGGAAGUCCAAAAAGAGCGUUGCAAAUCAAAGGGUUUACUUUUGCAAAUUGCAGCCAUUAAAAAGAAGCAACGUGGAAUUUUGCUGAAAAUGGAAAAGGAGCGUGAAGAAAUCAAGAGGCUACUACAAUCUACUACCUCAACAAGUUCAACAGAGUUAACGUCGAACCUUGAAACAAAAGCGUUCGUUCCCUCGUCAAGAAAGCCCGAUAAGAGUGUGGUUCCACAAAAAACCAACACAAAGAUUUACCAAAGAAUUACGAAAUCCGAUCGAGAGAAAAAGUCGCCCACUUCACAGUCUACUUCAGUGAGCAGCAUUUACAACAAAGCACCAGGUUUAUCGCAGCAGAAUAUUAAAGUAAAAGUGGAUCGUCCGGAACCUGUAGUUCGGGCUAAUUACACCCUUGAAACCUCCCGUUCUCUUGAGGAACUUUUGCAGAAACGCGAAUUAGAUUUACAACGUCGUCGAGAGCAUGUUGAGCGAUUGAUGCAGUGGCAUCGCCGACUCGAUCAAGAAGAAGCUGAGGUUCUACAAAUGGAGAAAAAACUACUUAGCUAUAACACUCGCAAAAGUGAAUCGAAACAUCUUCCCGCUACAAAAACAAAAGAACUGCCUCAAGAUCAAGCUGUCACAGUUCCUGUUAAUAAAUAUAAUACACACGUAAGAGUUCAGCGACGUUUAAAGGAAAUCAAAAACAGUUUAAAGGAAUUAAAUAGCAUUUCAAGAACGCAUACUACGGCAGGAAGUAAUGAAAGAAGUGGAGAAGAAAUUGUAGUCGAUGCGAUUGAUUGCGUCCGUACAACUGGUACGAAGUUAAACAAAUUGUGGCGUCGACUAACCGCACAGCAAUUUGAAAAAUAUGAGCCUGACAAACACUAUGAACUUUCAAAAGCAGAUUUGGAAAAUUUAUACGAGGCGGCAAAGGUCGCAGUUCUUAAAGACUUUUCAAAUAAUGAGGGUCACUUUGCAGCUGAUCUUCUAGAAAAGAGCAUUUUUUCUUGCGAACCAAAUAUAUUACCAUCACAGCAAUUGUCACAACAGCAAAACCAACUGGAGUCAGUUUUGGUGCCGUCACUGAAAUUGUGUACCAGCUCCGAAUCUUCUGAUAAAGAAGGAGAAUCGUGGGAAGAUACAUCCGUCAAUUCUUUACAACGCGAUAAUUACAGUCCCAGCACUGCUGCAGAAAAAUUUCAACACAUCUAUGCGCGCAAUUCGGGCUCUGAAACCCUUAGCUCUAUUGUUACGCAAUCGUCGUCUGAAGUGAAUAUAUUAUUACCAAAAAUAACGUCAAGCAUGAAAACCACAAUUUCUAGUAUUGGCUUGGUUCGAAGCCUGUCAGACAGUGUAUUGUACUCUAAAGAUCGUUUACCGCAAGACGGCAAACAAGAAGCAGUAAAUAUAUGUAAAGAACAAUGUACAGCGUUAAAUCAAAAAUGUUCAUCGGCUCUAACUGAAAGCACUUCAAAACAAGUUUUAGAAAGCAAUAUAUCAUUACCUAUAUCAGCAAAUGCCAGCAAUCAAACACAUGGAAAUAGUAUCUCUGCUAUGAAGCAUAUAUUUUCACCAACAGCACUGAAUUAUAAAAAAGUUUAUAUGGAAGAAAAAAUGGGAGCUCAGAAAAAUAUCUUCAAUAUUAGUGACAACAAAGCAGCUAAUGACGAUUUAAAGGUUUCUUCGAAGAAUGAAGUCCUUAGCUGCUUUCAGCAAGAUUUGGUAUGUGUUAGCCCUGAAACAACAACGACGGAGUAUCAAGUUUCAAAUGAUAACAAUAAUAGCAAUAGUAUAUGUACAAAUUUAGAUUCAACUCAAAAUGAUAACAAUAAUAGCUGCAGCAUAUUUGUAAAUUUAGACUCAAUUAAAAGUCAACCUUUAAGCGAAGAAGAUUCGUUUAAUUCGAAAAUAUUCAUAAGUCAGCCAAAAAUAUUUGAAUCUGAUGAAGCUACGAAUGCAAAUUGUAUUUCCAAGCCAUAUGAUGAUGAUUUUGAAAGCAGUGGCGAAUUAACACAAAUAGAUGAUUUAUCAAUGCCCCACGUUGAAAGUAUUGUUGAUGUGCAGUUGACGGGCAGUGAAAACGUGGAUCUAAAUUAUGGUGAAAAAGAUAAUAUGGAAAAAGACAUACGGAUUUUAUCUAGCCUUUCGGAAAAACCCAGAAAUUCGCAAUUCAAUCAGUCUGAUUCAGAAAUUAUAACAGUGAUCCCACCGCCCCAAACGUCCGCAGAUAAUGUACGAUUACCAGCACAGGACGCCAACGGGUCUCCAGCAUCAAGCUCAAUACAACUUAUGCCUGACAUUAUAAAUGAACUUGAAAUACGCCGUUGUCAACAACUACUAAUAGAACCCGAGAAAGUAAAGCAAUUUGAUAAUGCUUCAACUGUUUUACCGUACAUGUAUGUCCGGGAAAUUCCCAAUAAGCCACCACCGCCUUAUGUACCUCCUGCUCACGGAAGUCCAAUGACAACUAUAUUUCCAUCGGAGGAAAGAAUUAAAGAAAUAAGUUACCGACGAACACAUGAAUUGUACUGUGAACUCCUUAAGACUGAUUAUAUUACGGAAGCUGGUAAAAAAUUGCCCACUGUGAUGGAUGAAAAAAUAACAAAUAUUUACGAGCGCAUUAUACUAGAUAUUUGUCGUGAAUAUCUUGACGAGCAUAGUGAGGUUUUAACACAAGGAGAUCCUGAUAAUUUUCAUACCCAACUGGCAUUUUUUAAUCCUCCAAAUCGGUUACACUGUAUCCAAGAGUCCAUAUACAAAGAAGUCCGCCGAUGUCUGAAUAUGGACAAAACAUUGAAACGACGCACACCAAUAUAUUCAGUGUAUGGUCAAAGAGCAAAUCGGGAUCACAUUGGAAAAAUUAUAAUCCAAGAAAUGUAUGAAGAAGAUGAUAAAUGGUGUAACUUUCAUCGGGAAGAAAAUGAAGUGGUCGAUUUAAUUAUUUCCGAGAUGGUUGGGAAAUGUCUAAAUACCAUAGCAAAGGAAGUUAUAAUUGAGGAAAAUGGAACUUGAUAUCACAUGUAGAGGCAAUGAAGAUGCAUGUGAGGGCGACGUAAAUGAAUCUUCUCCCGAAGCAAAGUCAAAAUACCCGAAUAACAGUAUAGAUCUCCAAAUACAGGAUGCUCAAUAAAUGUUUUUGUUAUACAGUACUAUGAUCGAUACGGUUUUCGUGCAUAUUUUUAGAAAUGCUUACAGUUUGCAUCUCCCGUCAGUUGAAUUGAAGUUAAAGCAAUUCAAGAUUCAGAUUAACCAUUUUUUUUUUGUAUUACGAAAUACAAUUAUUUUCAGUGAAGAUUUAACAGAUAAAUAAGCAGCUGAAAUUUUAAACGAAAAAUUUAAACAAUUCAAUCAGUCAAAGGGGUGAAUGGUGAAUAAAUAUUGACGUGGGCAUUAGUUUUGAUUUAUAUUACAAGGUUCCUUCAGGACUUUCUAACACUAAGAUAGCCUAAGUUUUAUAGACAGUUAAAUGGCAUUAAUUAUGUUUGUUGCAUA